GUUGUGUAACUGUUGUUCCCCGCCCUGUUGCAGGCCGCUCGCUGGCCGCCGUGCUGCUGGCGCUGGCCGCCCUGGCGCUGCUGGCCGCCGUGGAGGCCGACGGCGUGGACGGUGUGGCGCCGCCCGAGGUGACCGUCGCCACCGGCCGCCUCUCUGGGAAGUGGAUGUCGACGAGGGACGGUAGGGCCAUCGCGGCCUUCGAAGGGGUGCCCUACGCCGUACCGCCCCUCGGAGAGCUGCGCUUCAAGCGGGCUCGCCCGGCGGAGGCCUGGGAGGGCGUCAGGCAGGCCGUGCGGCCCGGCUCCAUGUGCGUGCAGAGGAACCUGUACUUCCGCGAGGAGGGCAUCGUGGGCUCCGAGGACUGCCUGUACCUCAACGUGUACUCGCCUAAGGUGGAGCACGCCGAUCCGCUGCCUGUCCUGUUCUGGAUCCACGGCGGCGGCUGGCUCUCCGGCGCCGGCGACGUAUACGGCCCCGAGUACCUGCUGGACCAGGACGUGGUGCUGGUCACGUUCAACUACCGCCUGGGCCCGCUCGGGCUGCUCAGCACGGGCGACCGCACCGUGCCGGGCAACAACGCGCUCAAGGACAUGGUGCUGGCGCUGCGCUGGGUGCGCGACAACGUGGCGGCGUUCGGCGGCGACCCGGCCAGCGUGACCGUGUUCGGCGAGAGCGCCGGCGGCGCCAGCACG